CUCCUUGCGGCACUCCCAACAUUUUGCGAUGUAGAAGUGCUUUUGAAAAAAAGGCAAACCACCUCUUCUUUAAUACAAAACCUUUUUCUUCCAUAACAAUGUUUAAAAAUAGUGCGUUUGUGUUGGUUCCAUUGAUGAUAUAUUCGGUUAAUCCAAUAACUUUGCAAGAGGGUGAAGAAAUCAAGGAAAACAACAUAGAUGGAUCGCAACUAAAUCAAUGUUUAAGUGAUAGACGAGGUGUGGAGGUCGGCGUAUGUUUUGGAAAAGAGUUGUUGAAUAAGUUGAAUAGGUACGAUGAAGCAGAAUCGUUCAGUUUGGCCACAGGACUCGAACUGGUUCGUGAUGAGAAAACUCCAAGAGAUAUUGGCAGUUUUCUAGACAAGGAUCCCAUGGAUUUCCGAUCCAUAAUUGAAGACGCCAGCAAUUUGAUUUCCAAGAGAUCGUUGCAUUGGGAUAUGAGUAUGAUUUAUCCAGGAUUGACAAUGAGAAUUGGACCCACUUUGGCAAAUGGGGUCUUAGAAUUUGUGAUGGACCCAAAACUGAAAGAUCGAGCGUAUAAUGGGCAAUAUCAGCAACAUGGAGAAAUAUCUACAGGUCGACUAUUGGCACGAAACCUGCUAGUUCCUUUCCUGCUUGGAUUCAAAUUUCAGCUUUCUACCCUACUCCCUUUGUUACUGGGGUUUGUUUUGCUUGCUAGCAAAAAGGCCUUUUUGAUAGCCAAAUUGGCGUUUUUGGCUGUGACGGUUUUCGGUGGGGCGGGGUCUAGUGGGUAUGGCUCUUCUGGAGGGUUAUCCGAUUAUGGAUCACCUGCAUUGUCGUCGUAUACAUCCUUGGAUCAUCCCAGUUUCCUACACGGACAAACGAGUGGAGGUUUGCAUCAUCAUAGGCCGCAUUUUGGUGAAAGUUACUAUAGGGAGAAGUCAGAUGUCACCACUGGCGCACCAAUCACUCCUGUAGAGUUAAGGGAUAGGUUAGAAAGACUUUUCAUUACAAAAAAAGACAUAGAAGAUUCUUCAAGAGAACAGACUAAAGUUAGGAACGCCAGAAAUUUUGCUUGGACACCAAUUAACUCGGGUUAAUAGUAGUGUAAGAAUCCAUUCUUGUUUUCAGUUUCUUUAUUUAAUUUAGUAGAAGAUGUAGCAUUUGGGUUAUAUUACUAUUAUGUUACAGCCUGUAAAAUCUUUCUUCUUUCUUUCAUUUCCCAUAACUUCCUUGCAAUAGAACUUGAA